AUGAUUGAUGUAUUGACCUUGCCGCCCACAUUUCAGGACUCAAUCAUCGUAGCCCGAGAGCUGGGAGUAUCCUACCUGUGGAUUGAUAGUCUUUACAUCAUUCAGGACAAGCAGGAUGACUGGGCACGGCAGGCUGAGCACAUGGACAAGAUAUAUGAGAACGCACUGCUUGUCGUCGCAGCGGUGUCAUCUGACCAUGGCUCGGUCCCCUUUCAGGGUGCAGAGGCUCCCUCAACAAGAUCACAUUACCACACCGUGAAUAUCGGUCUCAGAGCCACAGACGCGUCGGGCGACGAAGAGUCAACAAGCUGUCCCAGGGCUAGAAGAUAUGAACCGUUUUUCAGCCCCACUUGGAUUGAUGGACCACUUGAAGGGCAAGCGUGGGCAUGGCAAGAGCGUCAUUUUGCUGUGCGUAUCCUCAGCUUCACGGACAUAGAAGCCAAGUGGCGUUGUAAGGUCACAGUCGCGUGCGAAUGCCGGUAUGGAGACGACGCAUAUCAGCAGCGGGACGAACAUGAGGCGACCCUUAAGGACCGGCACACUUGGAUCGGGGAAUAUUCGACACGAAAUCUCACAUAUGGUACCGACAAGUUACCCGCCAUUUCGAGUGUCGCUUCACGCUUGCACGCUACAUUGCAGUCCAACUACUUGGCUGGACUUUGGGAGAUGGAACUACCAUUCAAUCUCGGCUGGUAUCGCGAUGAAUUCACCGAUGGCCCGAGCUUGAGAGCUCUGAUUAGACCCACAAUGGAUAACGAGGUCCCGUCGUAG